AUGUCUUCUAAAGAGAAUAAUCCUGGAAACUUCGCCAAUCGACCCAAGGAGGAGGUAAAGGAGAUUGCAAGCAAAGGAGGCCACUCAAGUGCUGGAGGAUUCGCGUCGAUGGAUCCUGACAAACAGGCAAGUAGCACUGUAGUCACUCAGUCGCUUCAAAUUCAAUAUGCUAACCGGGAUAAAGCACGAAAUCGCUUCCGAAGGUGGUCAGGCCUCGAGUGGGAAGUUCGAACCAGGUAG